AUGCAUGUGUAUCUUUCUAACACGGGUCUAAAACAUAUAGUUACUUAUCUUUAUAUUCAGUUAUCUCUUUUACUCAUUGUUCUUUCUUUUCUCUCUCACGUUUCCUCUUUUCUUUCUUUUUCUUUACACAAGUCCAAUUUCACACACGGUCCGGCUGUAACAGAGAUGUACACUUUCUUCCUCUCUCUGGUUUUCUCAUUUCUCUCUUUCUUCUUCUUUACACAAUUCAGCUUGCAACAGAGAUAUAUACUUUCUUCUUCUCUCUUAUUUUCUCUUUUCUUUCUUUCUUCUUCUUUACACAGUUCAGCUUCAAACACGGUUCGGCUGCAACAGAUACAUAUAUACUUUCUUCUCUCUGGUUUUCUCUUUUCUUUCUUCAAACGCAGGCUGUAUUCUCAGCGUACAAAUUUCCUUGCGUCUUCUGAGAUAAAUAACUCGAUUUAUCUUCUUCAAUUUGGAGUUAACGAACAGAAAUACAUAUUCUUAUAUUUCUUAUCCGGAGUUGCUUGGGAUGAAUCGGACAAGUUCCAUCAUUACCUAAAUGAGUCUCAUCUUUCCGUUCAUAAGUUAUCAGCGCUUCGAUUUCGAAUCUUGCUCCUUCAAAGACAAGACAGCAACUGA